AUGUCUAAAAGACCUCAAAUUCAUAUUUUUGUGGGAGCACCCAGUAUUCCAAGUCUGCUGGAGGUGUCAGAGCAAAGUACUUCAGCACCUGCUGCUGAGAAAUGGAGAGAACUCGGUCUUUUUUCUGAAAAAGUGAAAGAUGCUGACCACUUAGUGUUUCAGGCAGAAAGCUCUUUAGUCCCAGCAGUUCCUACAAAUGAUGACAGCUCUCAGCUCUCUGAACUGUGGAGAUUAAUGGUAGCAAAAGAAUAUUUGACAUCUUGUGUACCUGUCACAGUACCUUGUACUAGUACACUUAAAAAGACUGAAAGUUUAAUUUAUUCUGAUUGUCAGAUAUCUAAAGAUAGAUGCACACAUGCAAAUGUAAAUCAGGCUGCAGAUCAACACCUUCCACAAAAAUUUGCAGAAUCAACUAGACUAGGGGAACAAUCACAUGUCUGGUCAAACCACACUGAAAGAAAAGCCAGCCAUUUAGAAGUUAACAAUUCUGACAUUUCUGAUUUGGUUGCCAGUACUAAGCAGAUUAGCAUACAUCUAAGGUCUGUGGGACAAAGUGUUCAAGCAGAUUGUAAAAAUGAUCACUAUGAGCACCUAAGUCAGUAUUUAGAUAUGUUUUUCCCUCAAAAUCAAGAGUCAAAAUCAAAAGGAGAACCAAGUGAUUGUUCAGACUUUGCAGUGUCAACGAAUACUGAAUUUCGUAGUAUAGUGACUUCAAGUCAAAUGGUUGUUUUUGCACAACAUCAGAAUGAGAUGCAGAACGGAAUUGUAAAACUAUCGGAAAAAGAAGCAGGCAAAAAACCUGAAGAAAAACAGUAUGAUCACUUCCAAAUUGAUUCUGAUGUUGGAACAUAUCUUAAUGUGGGUAAAAAUGAAUGUAAGGAAGAGUAUACAAAUUCCCUUGAACUUUUCAGUUCUGAGGGUGAUGGGAAAAGUAUUUCCUUUGAAGCUACAAAACAAGAAGGAAAUGCUCAGGUAAUGACAGAGAAAUCUCAAGAACUUAAUGUUCCUGAUGGGCAAUUUGUAAACGAAAUCCAUAUUGAACCAUUUAGCUCAGGAAUAUUGUGCUCUCAAGUAGACAGUUCUCAUAAGAGCUCUUCUAAAAGAGCCCACAACUGUGAGGAUUCCUUUCGUAUUUUUCACUCAACAUUUAAAAGACAGCUGAAAUCAAAAAGACCUAAACUCAAUUCUUCUCCAUCUGGUCAUGGGAUGAGAGUGGAUCAAGAGAGGAUGACAGAGUUCAAGAAACUUCAAAAGAAGCUAUCACCACUUAAGAAUUGCUGCUGCAAAAAUCAGAAGUACAAUGUUUUGGUCACAAUAGUGCAUCCUUGUCAUAUCAAAGAAAUACAGGUGAAGACUAGACCAAAAUCUUCAUGUAAAGUUCCUGUAGCAACAAUUGUAGUUACUGACCAGUCAGAGAUUGAGAGAAAGGUGGUGCUGUGGCGUGGUGCUGCGUUUUGGUCACUCACUGUGUUUCCUGGGGAUGUUGUGCUGCUUACAGAUGUAAUAAUGUAUGAGAAUCUUUGGUGUGGAGAAAUCAUGCUGCAAUCCACAUUUACCAGUCAGUUACUGAAUCUGGGGAACUGCUCAGCUCUCAAUCCAGAAGAAUUUUAUCCUAUAGUGGAUGGUGGUGUUCUCCAUGGCUUAUUGUCAUACAUAUCAUCAGGAUUUCCGCACUUUAGAGACAUUCCACGAAGACAAGUUCAGAAACUGGAUAGUGUUCGGUAUAUACAGCUAGACCAGCUCCAGCCAAAUACAUUGGUUCACUCAAUCCUGAAAAUCAUCAGCAUUGCCAUAUUAACAGAAUCUGUAUAUAGCUACAGAGGUGGCAACCAAAGAAAAAUUAUUCUAACAGUAGAACAGAAAAGAGAUCAACACUACAGGAUGGUGCUGUGGGGAGCAGGGGCUGCCUGGUGCCCUCAGCUUCAAAGGAAAAAAGAUCACAUAUGGGACUUUAAAUACCUUCUGGUCCAACAUAGUUCUGUCUCAGGUGAAUUUGAACUGCACACAACUCCAUGGUCAUCCUAUGAGUGCUUGUUUGAUGAUGACGAAAGGGCGAUCGAAUUUAAAGAGAAGUUUCAGAAAAGCAAAACAUCCCUACUGCAGAUGACAAAGCUCUCAGCACAUCUGGAAGAGAAAUGCUCAGGAGUGGUUCAAGUGAAAGCCCGUAUCUUAGAACUGAAGUUUACCAUUUCAACUGGUCAGUACAAGCAGCUCAUCUUCCGUGCUGACACUUCACUGGAGAGUGUUUUGGCUUCUUUUCCUAUGGUUACAUAUUCAGGUUGUGCUAAAUGUGGUUUGGAACUACAGCCAGAUGAGAAUAUGAUCUACAAGCAAUGUAUUAGAUGUUUGCCAUACAACAAAGUAAAAACCUUCUACAGGUAA